AUGGUAGAUGAGAGUGAGGAAGAAGCUGUGAGGCUUAAUUUGCCAAGCAAAGAAGCCUCUAACGGAUUAGGCAAAUUCGAAUGGGAUCUGUUACGCAUUAAAAUAACGCUAACCAAGAGACUCGGAGGGCAAGGGUGGGAGGCGGUGGAGCAAGCCAGACAGAAAGUAGGAAGAAUGGUGAUGGCAAAGCCUUGGAAGUACAAAACACCCUUGAAGAUCAUCAAAGGACGAGCGGACGAAAUGGCAGCUGCUAAGCGCGAGCUCGAGAGAGUCAAGCUUCUCUAUGAACAGGUCUCUGCGAGGGUUACAGCGAAAUCCUUUUGCGAAUAUCUGAAGGAAAUUCGAUGGCACCUGAACAAGAGUGAGAAGCGUGCAAGAGUGAUGCAUGGAUUUUUUUGA